GCUUGACCUGAUGUACAUCUGAAUUCACUCAAUUCACUUUCCACUCUUCUGAGACUCACCAUCCGAGACUGAAAAUGAGAGCGCCGAUAAUCGUCCUCCUCCUGACCGCAAGCUUCUUUCAAAUAUCACAUUGUGUGCAGGUUACGGACAGUGGGUACAGUUUCUCCCUGGAGGCAGUGAAGACCCUGAAAAAGAUUAUGGAGACUGACACGAGCACAAACCCGCAACAGACCUACGGCAAUGCAAAGUCCCCGUGUGCCGACCCUGACCUGCCAGGAGAGUUCAGUGCGCUGUGCCAAAAAAGAGAUGCUGACGAAGUCUUUCAACGUCUGGUGGAAACCAUCAACCCUAUAGACCCCUGUGAGAUCUGUGCCUACGUGGCCUGCACUGGCUGUUAGAGCAGACGCACUCCCAGCAUCCCAGAGUUCAUUUCUACAUCAGUGCCAUCGUACGUGCAUCUAUCUAUGGAACAGCGAGUUUUGGGUAAAAUAUAUAACAGGGUAAAACAUAUACUGCUCAUUUUACGCAGCAAUAAGCAAAAUAAGUAUUUAAGGGUGUUUCAUAAACUGUUUGGCUCAUGUAGUACAGAUAUUGUUUUAAACAGAAACCGAAUUUGGUUUCAGAUGGAGAUACUGCCACCUAGUGAAUCUACAAACAACUUACACUACCAGUCAAAAGUUUUUGAACAGUAAGAUUUUUAAUGUUUUUUUUAAAAAAAGUCUCUUCUGCUCACCAAGCCUGUAUUUAUUUGAUCCAAAGUACAGGAAAAACAGUACAAUUUUGUAAUGUUUUUAAGAUUUAAAAUAACUGUUGUCUAUUUGAAUAUAUUUGAUAAAUGUCAUUUAUUCCUGUGAUCAAAGCUACAUUUUCAGCUUCAUUACUCCAAUCUUCAGUGUCACAUGAUCCUUCAGAAAUUAUUCUAAUAUGCUGAUGUACUGUUCAAGAAAUAUUAUAGAAAUGAAUACUUUCAUUUAGCAAGAAUGCUUUAAAUUGAUCAAAAGUGCUGACAAAGACAUUUACAAUGUAACAAAAGACUUUUUUAGAUAAAUGCUGUUCUUCUGAACCUGAAAAUCUGAAAAUCUACUCAGCUGUUUUCAAUAUAAUAAUAAUAAUAAUAAUAAAUGUUAAAAAUUAUUAAAAUCAGAAUAUUAGAAUGAUUUCUGAAGGAUCACGUGACUGGAGUAAUGAUGCUAAAAAUUCAGCUUUGAAAUCACAG